AUGCGUAGCGGAACUAGAGGUGCCUUUGAUAGCUUUAAGGCCCCAUUUGUCCACGGCCUACAACGGGGGACCACUGUCAUCCGGUGCACGCACGCUCAGUACUAUGGCGAAGUGGAGUGGCGUCGACACCACAUGGCUCGGGGGCCAGGUGCCGCCUUACCGGGUGUCGCGCAACAGCAGAUGCAGGCGUCCACAGUCAGACGGACAGCACCCGGUGCCAAGGAGCCUCAGGCACUUGCACUAACGGCAGUGACCAUUGAUUCAAAGCCUGAAGCAUCUAACGAGGUCGAGAUACCAGAACGGAUGGGCUGGGACAGCUUGAAGCAGGAGCCGUGCAACUGCUUGCCCCCCGAAGAAGAUGCUGGAAAGGAGAUCUACUGUACUUCAGAGCAGGUUCAGGAGCCCAAUAGACAUGCCUCGUCUUCCUCGUCUGCACAGGAUGUCGUCGACUCGCCAAGAAUCCAGGAGUACUGGGCGAGGGCCGACCAAAAUUUGAAUCACGACAGUGCUGGAGACACCGCUAGUACGGACUGCUUUCGAGGGGCCCUUCGCCAGACCAGCGCUGGUGUAGCGCAUGGUUUGUAUCUAGAUAGUAGUGAUGGAAACCUUAUCCAUGAUUCCUUUAACGUCGCUGUCUACCUUGUGUGUAGAAUCCACCUGCAUGCCCGAAUUGGAAAUGUCCGUGAUCUUACGUUGUUUGCAGAAAACUGCUCUCAAGUAGACAUGACGAUUGUUCGGGGGUACAUCGACAUCGCCCAUGCGUUGCUCCGCCACUUUGAGGAGGCGCUUGAGACGAAGCAGCGGCUCACAGAGGGCAGCCUGCAGUGUGCAGAGACUGUGUGUAGGGCCUUGCAGGCCCUUAAGGACACAAACCCGCGCUUAGAGCCUUUGGUGGAGCGCAUUAUGAUGGCCACUGAGCUCUUGCACAAGCGAAAAACGGCCGAUGAGAAAUAUGCUAUGCAGCACGGCCUGCCGUGUGUGGAUACCACGGACUUGGCCUGUCCGCCAUGGGCAGCCACUGCCCCUCUCUACGUGUGUAUUCAAAAUAGUGCAAACAGGAGACAUGAGCAUCAUUGGUCUCCAAGGAGUAUAAACCGUCUAGAUCAGGCAGGAUGGGAGCUGCGUGAGGUUCCGUGUAGCCAAGACCAUUCCGCGGUUCAUAGUCCCCUCCGUACAAGGACGCAGCCGAAGCACUCUGCCGGGCCUCCUCCUCUUAAAGCUGCGCCUCCUAACGAAAUGCUUCCGCUGGCAGUAACGGAACUGCAGGGAACUACAGUAGAGCCGCGCUAUAUCUCGAGAUCUUCUAUGGAAACAAGCGAUGUAGGGAGCACUGAUGGUGAAAUGAACGCUGCAAUGGCUGUGAACCGUCACAAAGCCUCCGCGAACUGGUGUGCAAUGGACGGAGCCGUACAGGAAGUUCCACGGGAAGGCGCAGGCAUUGUCGGACUGCAGCCCUCUGCAGGCACUUCAGCGUCACCUACCGCUCAGCAGAUCUUUCAUCCCCAACCCCCAAGAACAGGUUGCCAAGUGGCACCCCUGAGAGUACUCGAUUGUACAAGAGGUACAUGCGAAACCGCGGUUCUUCUGCCAGCACCAGAAUUGGGUUUACAACCAUCCCAGAGUACCAUGGGUCUCCCGAUCACACAUCUCGUUGGUCCGCAAGCGGGUGGAGGCGGUGAGGGCACGUGCCACAGCAGCAGAACACAGAAGGCCUCUAUGCCGUUCAGAGGCACCGAGCAAGACAUGCAGUUUAGACCUCGUGUCCUUAGUGAGACCCGCUUGCUGACUGACACCGACUCCUCGCAGAAACUAGAGGAUGCAAGCACGUCAAUUGCGGAGGCCCUUUCGUUUAUUAAGUACUGUACCGACUUUAUCCUGAGCAGAGAAGGCCUAGAAUAUGUUGAAAAGAAAGUGUUUCGAUACAGCAAGGCCAAGGAGGCCGGUAGAGUUGCUGCGAGGCCCACCAUUCCAGAGGGCAUGACUUCCGCUCAGGGCAAGUACAUCCUCCUUCACCACGCCAUCGAAAUGGUUGAGGACGAGUAUGGGGAUAGUCCUGCAGCUGAAGACCCGCAUUUGUACCUUCCUGAUUUGAGGCGCAUGGCAGACAUCGUAGUAGGCACCGUUUCAAGCGAGCAGUCAAAUGAAAGAAACCAGGAUCUGACUAAAGGGAAAGACUCACAGAGAUCUCAUAGUGGGCACUCGCUGCCUGAACGGUUCCCAGAGCAACGCAUGGAGCGCCACUUACCGCUCUCCAUAUUUAACCUUCCCGCUACAGGGCACAGACUGGAGGGGAGAGAGGGACGCGCGUCUGGCCAAGGGUAUUUGACGGUACAACAACCUGAGGCGUCUCCCAUCGAUUCAGGCGUAGAAUCUUGGCAACCUGUCACUCUACCGCAGACCCACUUGGCAGAAUCUGCCACCGGAAGCGCCCCUACUGCCCAGAGAUCCAGUGACAUCAGAUUACUGAAGCCACUUUCUAGUGCCUCGAGAACUUUGCUCAGUUCCCAACCCUUCCUCGGAAAGGAAAACAUGGAACGGAGCUCGAUGAUGGGUUACAGUCAGUCCUCUAGACUUCCUAGAGGGCGCACUUCGUCCAUCCCUUCUCCACUCCAGGGACUCUCGGAUCUUUCUUCGGUGUCAGACACACAGGAUGAUGAGGCGCCCCACAGCACCUCGCCUAGUCCUUUGCCCCCUCCAAGUUCGAUUUCUUCAAGGGCACCAUCGCCGUCUGAUGCUCUUCCCCAGCCCAGUGCACUCUCUGGUCUACUGCAUAAAAGAAAGGACGAUUUCUUGGGUAGUGCUGAUAGCUUGUUGGCUGGCGAAGCGGGCUCCGCAUCAUCCGCAGUCCUUAGAAAGCCUGCAGGUUAUGGAAGUGGCGUAGCAAAGGCCGCUGGUAUAAAGGGGUCAAGGGCGGAAGUCGGUGCGUCAUUGAAUCUCCUCGACCCCGCUGCUAUGGAACAAGAUGCUCUAAAGCUGAGUAUUCGUAGCGUCGUCCGAGACUCCACUAGCGGUGCAGUAGCCUCCAGGGUAUUCAGGCCCCCGGAGAAUAACACGGGGCAGGCACAUCUGGAUUUGCCAACAGCACAAGGCCUACGAAGUAUCAUUGCUUCCCGUACGGUAUCUCCUGAGCUACCUAAAGAACCUCCUGGAAAGGUGAUGGGGUCUGUACGAUUGAGCGACCCAGAUUAG